CUCCCUCCACCGAAGCUUGCCUUAAGUAGGUGGCUUCACCUCGUGUGGGCUGCGGGAGAGUACUGCGUUUCAGCACUGCAUUUCAGCUGUUUGCUCUUGCCAUCCUCCACCAUGGGAGUGACUUGUGUGUCCCAGAUGCCCGUGGCCGAGGGCAAGAGUGUCCAGCAGACCGUGGAACUCCUCACCCGGAAACUGGAAAUGCUUGGAGCAGAGAAGCAAGGAACAUUUUGUGUGGACUGUGAGACCUACCACACAGCUGCCUCUACCCUUGGCAGCCAAGGUCAGGCCGGGAAGCUGAUGUACGUGAUGCACAAUUCCGAGUACCCUCUGAGCUGCUUCGCCCUCUUUGAGAACGGCCCUUGCCUUAUUGCCGACACCAACUUUGAUGUGCUCAUGGUGAAGCUCAAGGGCUUUUUCCAGAGUGCCAAGGCCAGCAAGAUUGAGACCCGGGGCACCCGUUACCAGUAUUGUGACUUCCUGGUGAAGGUGGGCACAGUCACAAUGGGGCCCAGUGCCCGGGGCAUCUCCGUGGAGGUGGAGUAUGGCCCCUGUGUGGUAGCUAGUGACUGCUGGAACCUCCUGCUCGAGUUCCUGCAGAGUUUUCUCGGCAGCCACACUCCAGGGGCUCCGGCAGUGUUUGGGAAUAGGCACGAUGCGGUCUACAGUCCAGCAGACACCAUGGUCCAGUACAUGGAACUCUUCAACAAGAUCCGCAAGCAGCAGCAGGUGCCAGUGGCGGGGAUUCGUUAGGGACUGGCAGCUGCCCGGCUGAGCUCUGUCACCAGAGGGACUGCACAGGAGGAGCAGGUGCUGCACCCUCAGGCCCCUGGACCCCAGAGGCCCAGGGCAGCCAGGAAGGAUUCCCUCCCUCUCCAGUUAACAGCUUUGGCUCUUGUUCUGGGGCUCCGGACUGUCUCCCCUGACCCUCCCACACAGCCCCCCAACAGCUGUUUUCACCCUUCACCUUGCUGGACUUGGCCUGUCCUCAAGAAUGGUAAUUAUGAAGAGAGAAGUUUGGAACUUUCCUGCUUUAGGGGAAAAGGUAGGCUGGGGGUGUCCCUCCUAACGUCAGCGGGGAAAGCAGGCUGUAUCACCGACUGCUGAGAAUGUGGCCUAGGCCCACAGUGGGCGGGCUGCGUGUUGUGUUUGGGUUGUGCUAUAAUAAAGGCCUUUCCCUCUGCUCAAAGGAUGUGGAGAAGGAGGAGGCACAGCUAAUGUGACGGCUAUGAUUUUCUGACUGGUUGGGCUGAAGUGGCUUGUGGGUUGACUUUUCUCGGGUGUUGCCUGAGUCCUUUGAAGUCAUCCUCUGGACAUCUUUCCAUUCUGUUGUGACUUGUACUAAGCCACAGGCUAAGCUUCUGUAACAAGGAGCACCUGAAGUACUGAGGCUCUUAGAAGUUUACUUUUCUGUUUUCUAAAAGUAUAAAGGUAAUCAGAUGGUCCAAGGCAGAUUUAACUCUACAAGGUCGUCAGGAAGUCGGUUUCCUUCUGUCUCGUUCAGCCACCUCUGGGGUGUUGUCCUUGGGUGAGUCAAAGCCGACUCAUCAGUUCCACGUCCACAUUCCACCAGGGAAAGAGAGAAAGCAGUUUCUUUUUUUAAGGAUAUGACCUGGAGUUGCUUGAAUCAUUCUGGCCACACUUUACUGAAGUGGACUGUGGGACGUAGAGCCUCUUUUUUGGGUGAUUGCGUGCCCGGUUACAACCCUGAGGGUUCUGUAACUAAAAGAUGAAGGCGACAAUGGGUGUGAGGGCACGAGAGCCCAGUCAGUAGCCUCUGCUAUACGGAGCUGAAUGGAUGUGCCUAAGAAUGUUCUUGGCUAUUAUUUUGCAGAGAAUAACCUUGAAAUUAAGCCAUUUGGUCAUGAGUUGGAUUGGGAAAGGGCUGAUGCCAGAGCCACUUUAGCUGGGUUAGUCACACUGGGAAGUCAGUUCCGCACCCCGGGCCUAAGCCUUGGCCUCACAUCCUCUCCCGUUCUCCUGCACCAGAGUUUAGGGUUAGACAGUUGACUGUGCGUCAUGGUUUCCUGAGCUCUUUCUCCUUGUCUCAUCUGAGCCUCCAAGCUGCUCAUUGGACCUGCAUCGCCUGCCCACCCCACUCCUGCUGCAGAAAUGUUCAGUCAGGCUAAUGCUGAGGUACAGUCAGAGGUGGUCUUAGGAAACAUGUUAAUGUACAUACUGCAGUGUUGUCCUCAAGGAUACUGUCCCCCAGUGAAGGCACCUAAAGAGAAAUUGUUUUCUGAUCUAAUGGCUCAGAUCUAAAUCUAUAACAAGAAGCAGGUAGUUGUCAGGUUUCCCUUUUAGCUCUGGCUGGCAGUUCAACUUUGUAACUGUGGAACUUGUCAUCUGCAUUUUUUGUUCUCACUCCUCAACCUCCGCCUACUUUAUUUCUUUGUUUUGUUUUUACUUUUUUAAUUUGAGGUAUGUCAUCAAUAUUAUUUAUACCCAAUAAAAUGCAAAUAUUUUUUAUGUU